AAUUAUUACCUCUGGAUGCUAGAACCUGAUUUUGUGUACAGACGGACAACGGAAAGCGCUGCGUGUUUUUGUAUCGCAUCGCGUUUUGGAAAUCAUCUUCAGCUUGGCAUCAAGUUUGUGAAAAUGAAGGACAUCGACUUGUCGUCGUCAGAGGUCUUUACGGAUGCUGGUCGCCUCGUUAAAAUGGAGGUGGACUAUAGCUCCACCGUCGACGAGAAAGUACCGCAGUGCGAAGAGCUGGCAAAGAAAGGGAAACUGAAGGAGGCAGUGGACAUCCUUAUGUCCUUGGAGAAGCAGACGAGAACUGGCGGCGACACGCACUCGACAGCCCGUGUCCUCGUCGCCGUCGUCCGGCUUUGCUUCGAGUGCAAGGAUUACGACGCGCUCAACGAGCAGGUGGUCGCCAUGACCAAGCGCCGCAGCCAGAUGAAGCAGGCGGUGGCCAAAAUGGUGCAGGAGUGCCUCGGCUACGUGGACAAGCUGCCCGACAAGCAGACGCAGCUGCGCCUCAUCGACACACUACGCACGGUCACCGCUGGCAAGAUCUACGUCGAGGUGGAGAGGGCCAGGCUCACCCACAAGUUGGCCAAGAUGAAGGAGGAGGAAGGGAAUGUGGCGGAGGCAGCCACCAUCAUGCAGGAGCUGCAGGUGGAGACUUUCGGUUCCAUGGACAAGCGCGAGAAGGUGGAGCUUAUCCUGGAGCAGAUGCGUCUGUGCUUGGCCAAAAAGGACCACGUACGGACGCAGAUCAUCAGCAAGAAGAUCGCCACCAAGUUCUUCGACGACGAGGCCCAGCAGGACCUGAAGCUGCGCUACUACAGGCUCAUGAUUGAGCUGGACCAGCACGAGGGUUCUUACUUGGCCAUCUGUCGACACUUCCUCGCUCUCUACAAUACACCCAGCAUCCAGGACAAGCAGCAAGAGAAACAGGAGACCCUGAAAUACCUCUUGCUGUAUCUCAUCCUGUCACCAUACGACAACGAACAGCACGAUCUCAUCCACCGCAUCAAGACUGACAAAAACCUCGACGAGCUACCUCAGUACAAGGAACUGCUGAAGCUGUUCAUCACUCCGGAGCUGAUCAACUGGCAAAGCCUCUGCCAGGCUUACGAAAGCGAACUGCGGUCAUCCGUGGUCAACGGCGGAAGCCCGCCCGUCUUCGCGUCCAACGAUGAGAUGGGUGACAAGCGCUGGAAGGACUUCAAGAGCCGCGUAGUUGAGCACAACAUUCGGAUCAUGGCUAAGUAUUAUACUAGGAUCACGCUCAAGAGGAUGGCGGAGCUGCUCGAUCUGUCUAUUCAGGGCACCGAGGAGGUCCUCUCGGAGCUGGUGGUCGGCAAGAUGGUGUGGGCAAAGGUGGACCGGCUGGCGGGCGUCGUCAGCUUCAGUCAGCAGCAGGACCCCAACGAGGUGCUCAACGACUGGUCCCGCAACCUCAACACCCUCAUGGCUCUCCUCAGCAAGACCACCCACCUCAUCUCCAAGGAAGAGAUGAUUCACCGGCACCUGCACACGACCGCCCCAGCUCUGCCUUCCAGUGCGAUGGAGGGAUGAGACGCAUUGUCUUCUUCGCUAGGCCCCUCAUUUGAAAAAGUAAUCUUCAGGUCCGCCUGUCUCGGAGUGCUGGGGGAUGAUAAAAACGGGGUUUUCACGGGGGGUUGGGUCCUCUUCUGUUGGCUGUUCAUCUGGAAGAAAUCUUGCCACCGUAUGGGUGCCUGUGUAAGCCACCGAGGAGCAUGGUCGAGUAAGUUAAAGAAUAAAAAUUUAAAAAAUGA